CUGUGAAUUGACGUCUACAUAUUCUUGAGAAAACAAAUUUCCUGGGCGGGAAAGAAGCAGACAUACUUGCUGGUAAGAUGAGUAUGGUACAGUUGCAAGGGCGGGACCAGUUGCUGACAGCACAAAAUGAAAUGCUCAAGGUACUCUACUCUACUGCUUCAUCAUAUAUGUCUGCAAGUUUGGUUGGCAGUUUCCCUUAUUACAGAUGCGUUGGCUGCAUCUGGUCAGGCGUUGAUUGCUAGUUCGGUUUCAAAAGGGAAUUAUAGAUCUGUGAAGGAUAUCACAUACUUCGUGUUGACUAUUGGUUUUGUGAUGGGUGUUACUUUGGCUGCAAUAUUGGGAGUUUCAUUUGGUUCCAUAGUCACACUAUUCACUAAGGACAUUGGAGUAUUGGCGAUUGCUAGAACCGGGGUUUUGGUAAACUCCCUAUAA